CCUCUCUCCCCGCACUACUACCCAUCGCAUACCGACCCAUCACCAUAACCUGUUUGGCGCUCUCCGGCACGAAUUCCGGCUAUGCAAGUCCCGUCCAUUUCCUAUAUAACCCCCUCUUCUCUCAUAUCGAGUCCCCGAUCCCAUCGACCUCUUUCACUUUCACCAAAACCCCAUCGAUAUACAUCACUUUACCCACAAUGGACACCUUUGUUCCCAUUGACUGCGGCUUCUUCCUCGAGGAUGAUCCUGAAGCCCCUCCCGCCGACGCUACCGUUCACUUUAGAGAGCUGCUUCCCAAGCCCGGCCACCCUCGAAUCCUCGGCAUCACUGACCACACUUCCCACACUUGGUGCGAGCACAGGCGUGGUCUCCCUGCACCUGCUUGGUUGAUCAACAAGCUGGACCUCAAGAAUUUGCCCCGACCUUACAAAGGUUUUUCUACCGACGGUCACCCUGACCCUACCAUUUUCCAAUAUGCCGAAGACGAGGGCGCUCCUGUUGAGGCGGCCGUUGCUGCUGUCAAUAAGCUUCUCGACCAUUUGCCCGAAGAGCUUAAGAACGAGUGCAUCAAGGGCGAUGUUGAGACCGAUGAUGAGUUUAGAGCUUGGUCUAAUCCCGAGUUCUACGUCAACCCUGGCGGUGUCAGACUUGAUGAGACUACCCCUGAGAUCCAGGAUCUUGUCCACGAUGUCCUCAAGGCUUCCCUUUCCCCCGACGGUUACCAAAAGGCUGUCGGCUGUACCCUUACCAACCAUUUCCUCGGUGAACUUGUCGGUGGUUUGACCGUUCUUAACAAGCACUCCUAUAACUUCCGCCUCUUCCUUCCUCCUGCCACCAAGCUCCCUAGCACCACCGAGCCCUGGGGUUUCUCCUUCUUUGGUCACCACAUGUGCGUGAACGUUGUCUUCUGUGGUAAGAGGAUGGUCAUCGGUCCUACCUUCAUGGGUGCCGAGCCUGACCUAAUCGACGUUGGUCCUCAUGCCGGUCUCCGACUUUUCAGUCAGGAAGAAGUCCGAGCUCUCACUUUGAUGAGGGACCUUAGCGAGGAGAACCGGAAGUUGGCUCAGCUCUGUGAGGGUAUGGACCUUGCUCACGGUAUCCCCGAGCACAGGUGGGCGGCCUUUGACGAACGACACCUCGGUGGUGCCCGACAGGACAACAGAAUCGUUCCUUUCGAAGGCGUUCCCAUCUCCAAGCUUACCCCCCUCCAGAGAGAGGAGGUCUAUGCUAUCGUCCAGGCUUUCAACACCUACCUUCCCGAGAAAGUUCUCAAGGCUAAGAUGGAUCGUGUCAGGAAGUUUGAGGAUCAGACGUACUUUGCUUGGAUCGGCAAGUACGGUCUCAGUGACCCUUAUUACUUCAGGGUUCAUUCUCCUGUCACCUUCUGCGAGUUUGACUUCCACUGCGGUAUCUUCCUCACCAACACCUCCCCAGCCAAGUGCCACAUUCACACCAUUAACCGUCUCCCCAACUGUGAAGACUACGGCAAGGCCCUUAUCUGGCAAUGGCAGAAGGAGCAGGCUGCCAAGAAGCAACAGCAGGAGGCUUAGAAGUAAAUAAACUCUGGGUUGUUAAAAAAAAAGGGAAAUGUGAUCUGGUCAGGAUAGUGCCACUGUGCCGGCUCUUUUGGUGUCUGGGUGUAUGGAUCAUUUGUAGUUUUGGGAUGCAGGAAUUCGUAGGGGAAACUGGAAUGAAAGAAGCUGCCAUCUGU